AUGCAGACUGCUGCUUCUACAAACAUUUGUGAAAGACUGUGCAGUUAGUCCAUCCGUGAAAUUUCCUUGCUACUAAAUAUUUCACGGUCAACUGUUAGUGGUAUUAUAACCAAGUGGAAGCAACUGGAAACAAUAUCAACUCAGCCAUGAAGUGGUAGGCCAUGUAAAAUGACAGAGAGGGGUCAGCGCAUGCUGAAGCGCACAGUGCGCCAAAGUCGCCAGCUGUCUGCAGAGUCAGUGGCAAAAGACCUCCAAACUUCAUGUGGCCUUCAGAUUAGCACAGCAACAGCACAUAGAGAACUUCAUGGAAUGGGUUUCCGUGGCCGAGCAGCUGUAUCCAAGCCUUACAUCACCAAGUGCAAUGCAAAGCAUUUG